UACACAGCAAGCCAAACCAAAAAAUGCCAGUCAAGUCCUUCCUCUCCUUCCUUUCCCUCUCUCGUCCCUUCUUCAAGCUCCUCCUCACCAACUCCUUCCAGCAUCGACAAAAACCCAUCCAAAAUUAUUCAAAACACCCAUCUGUAUCCCCUAUCCAAGAAAAUGGCUUCCUCAUCCUCCCAUCCCAAACCCUAAUAAUUGAUUUCGAGGGUUGGCUCCUACGAUCUUCCUCCACGUUCCCAUACUUCAUUGUCGUGGCCUUUGAAGCCUGCAGUAUCCUCAGAGCUCUCUUGCUUCUCAUUAUUUACCCAUUGGUGUGUUGCCUGAACAGUGAAGCUGGCUUGAAGUUGAUGGUGAUGGUUUGCUUCUUUGGUUCAAGGAAGGAGAAGUUUAGGGUUGCAGGAGCAGUUUUGUCCAAGUUGUUUAUGGAGAGUGUUGCUGAGGAAGGGUUUAAGGUGCUGAUAAAUGGAAGGAGGAGGGUAGGGGUGAGCAAGAUGCCUAAGAUUAUGGUAGAAAGUUUCUUGAAAGAAUAUCUUCACAUUGAUGUAGUCAUUGGGAGGGAGUUGAAGGAGUUCUGUGGGUUCUACACUGGUUUGAUGGAGAGGGGGCAGGAGGAGGUGAUGAUUUCGAGUAAUGGAGGUGAGAUUUUAGGAUUUGGAUGUUAUGGUGAAGACCAUCACAAUCUUUUUUCUUAUUGCAAGGUAAUAUUUUUUAAAACUAUUUAUUUAGUCAGUUAUUGGUUUAUUUAUUUGUUGGGGUAUUUAAAAUUAUUGCUUAUUAAAAUGAACAAAGAUCAUGAGUCGGCAAUUGAUUAUAGCGGGCUUUCGAGGAGAAUCGCUCUUUAACAUAUUUAUUUAUUUUUCUUCAUAAAACAUUUUAUUAAUUUUUCGUCUGCCCAUAUGAAUUUUACUGCUUUCAACAUGAUUUCAAUACAUUCAGCAUGACACAGAAAUAUGUUGAUGAUUCAUGCAUGAUAUUUUGGUUUCUUUAUUGCUCUUUUGAUUUACCCGUUUACGAUAUAAAAUCCUAAAUAUGUUAAAAAAGAAUCUGCAAUUACCCACAUUUGGAUUGUUACUAAAAACUAUAAAGGCACUUUAUUGAUUACAUUUGGAAGUUCCUAAUAGGAAAAUGAACGAAAAAAAUUAAGUCGCCUGAUUUGGGU